CCGCGUGGCGAGCAGGGGUGCGGAGCCGGAGCCCCCGCGGAGGACCGCGGCGCUGAGCUGUGCGGGACCGGCCGGCCGUGCGCGCCCCCGGCGCCGCGAAGAUGCUCGAGGUCCUGGUGCUGAAGAUUGAAGAUCCAGGUUGCUUCUGGGUUAUUAUAAAAGGCUCUAAUCCCCUUUUAGAUCAUGAUGUUGACUAUCAAAAACUAAAUAGUUCCAUGAACGACUUCUAUAACAGCAUGUGUCAAGAUAUAGAAAUAAAACCAUUAAUGUUGGAAGAAGGGCAGGUUUGUGUGGUUUAUUGUCAGGAGCUAAAGUGCUGGUGCAGGGCCAUUAUUAAAUCAAUCAUGUCCUCAGCAGACCACUACCUGGCAGAAUGUUUCCUUGUGGAUUUUGCUAAGUACAUUCCAGUGAAGUCUAAAAACAUCCGAGUUGCAAUAGAGUCUUUUAUGCAGCUUCCCUACAGAGCAAAAAAAUUCAGCCUCUACUGCACAAAACCUGUCACUUUACACAUUGACUUCUGUGAAGACAGUGCUGAAAUUGCACCUGCCAAGAAGUGGGACAGUGCAGCUAUCCAGUACUUUCAGAACAUUCUAAAAGCAACUACCCGGGUGGAAGCCAAAUUAUGUGCUGUGGAAGAAGAUACUUUUGAGGUUUACCUUUAUGUAACUAUAAAAAAUGAAAAAGUUUGUGUUAAUGAUGAUCUUGUCGCAAAGAACUUCGCUUGUUAUGUAUCACCCACAGAGAAUAAAAGCCUUGAUUAUUUAGAGAAACCAAGAUUGAAUGUAAAGUCAGCAUCCUUCUCCAAUAAACUCAAUCCAGCACUUACUCUUUGGCCAAUGUUUUUGCAAGGAAAAGAUUUUCAAGGAAUAGAAAAUUCACGUGGCUUAAAUUUUCUGGCACAGUCUCUCCAGCAUACGUGGUGCAAGGGUGUUGUUGACAACCUGGGGCCAACUUCUGCAAUACCAGAUAAAGCUAUAAAAUGUAAUGUGGAUUUGUUGAGAGAUUCACCAAAAGAUAAAUCUGAAAAGAAACAGCAUUGCAGUUCUUUCAAAGAUAUAAAUAAGUGUGUUGAAUCUUCGGCAUGCUGGCCAACAAAAAGAGGCAUAACCGUAUAUGCUGAUCCAGAUAUACCAGCAGCAAGUUCUUUGAGUCAGAAGCCAAACGAGAAGCCACUUAGAUUGGUGGAGAAGAAAGAAUGCGAUGAGAAGAAUGGUUGCGUGAAAUUACUGCAGUUUUUAAAUCCUGAUCCUUUGAGAGCUGAUGGAAUCUCUGAUCUUCAGCAGCUGCAGAAGCUGAAGUCAGGCGUGCAGGCCCCUGUCGUGCUGCUCCGAAACACGGUGGAGCCCUGCCUGACCGUCGACACGGCGCCCCUGUCAGCAGACUUGAAAAAGGCUCUUCAGAGAAAGAAAUUUCCGGGACCCAGCCACACUGAGUCUUACUCCUGGCCUCCCAUAGCGCGAGGCUGUGACGUGGUUGUCAUCUCUCACUGUGGAAACAACCCUUUGCUGUACCUUCCGCCAGUGCUCACCAUUCUGCAGACAGGGGGCUGCUACAAGUCCCUCCCGAGUAGAAACGGACCUCUUGCAGUCAUCGUGUGCCCCGGAUGGAAAAAGGCCCAGUUUAUUUCUGAAUUACUGGAAGAAUACACCAUGUUCUCCAGGCCUCUUCAUCCUGUGUUAUUAACCAUCGGACUCCACAAAGAUGAAGCCAAAAAUAUGAAGCUUCCACGGGGGUGUGAUGUGAUCAUUACAACACCGCACAGCCUCCUGAGACUGCUCACCUAUCAAAGCCUGUUGUUUCUCCGACUCUGUCACCUGAUUCUGGAUGAGGUGGAAGUGCUAUUCGUGGAAGCUAAGGAGCAGAUGUUUGCUAUAUUAGAUAACUUUAAAAAAAAUAUUGACGUUGAAGAAAGGGAAUCUGCACCACAUCAGAUCGUGGCAGUUGGAGUUCACUGGAGCAAACACAUAGAGCAUUUAAUCAGAGAGUUCAUGGACGACCCCUACGUUGUGAUCACAGCCAUGGAAGAGGCUGCUCUCUACGGCAGCGUCCAGCAGGUUGUGCACCUUUGCCUAGAAUGUGAAAAAACCUCCACUUUACUCCAAACUCUUGAUUUCACUCCAAGUCAGGCCCAAAAGACCUUGAUCUUCACCUGCUCUGUAAGUGAAACAGAAACAGUGUCUAAGGUAGUAGAAAGCAGUUCAAUAUUUUGCUUGAAAAUGCAUAAAGAAAUGGUUUUUAACUUAAAAAGUGUUUUAGAACAGUGGAAGAAGAAGUUAAGUUCUGGCUCUCACAUUGUAUUAGCCCUGACUGACGACUGCGUACCACUCUUGGCCAUCACCGAUGCCACGUGUGUGAUCCACUUCAGCUUCCCCUCCUCUCCAAAAAUUUUUGGUGGACGCCUGUAUUGCAUGUCAGAUCAUUUUCUGAGUUUAACUGAACAGGGUUCUCCUGCGGAACAGGGAGAUAAGAAAACCAAAUCUGUCUUGCUGCUGACGGAGAGAAACGCCAGCCAUGCAGUCGGCAUCCUGCGCUACUUGGAGCGAGCAGAUGCCAAAGUCCCCACUGAGCUGUAUGAGUUCACCGCGGGGGUUCUGGAAGCCAAAGAAGAUAAGAAAGCCACAAGGCCUCUCUGUCCAUAUCUUAAGGCUUUUGGAUUUUGCAAAGACAAAAGAAUCUGUCCUGACCGACAUCGUAUUAAUCCAGACAUGGACAUGCCAAGGAAAUUAUCCACCCAAACUCUGCCAAUGUUUGGAUACAUUAAAGUAAUACCUUUUUAUAUUUCGAAUGCAACAAAUUACUUUGGUCGUAUAAUUGAUAAACAUGUGGAUCUUUAUGCAACUCUCAGUGCUGAAAUGAAUGAAUAUUUUAAGGAUUCCAGUAAUGAAACGACUGUUGAGAAGGUGGAGAAAUUUGGAUUGUAUGGAUUAACAGAAAAAACCCUUUUUCACAGGGUGCAGGUGCUAGAGGUGAACCAAAAAGAAGACACCUGGGCCCUGGACAACAUCCUUGUAAAGUUCAUAGAUGAAGGCAGGACUGGGCUCGUCUCAAGAGACCAACUGUUGCAUCUCCCGGAAAAUUUCCGCACUCUCCCCCCACAGGCUGUGGAGUUCAUUGUUUGUAGGGUGAAACCUGCUGACAACGAGAUCGAAUGGAAUCCAAAGGUUACUAGGUAUAUUCAUCAUAAAAUUGUUGGAAAAUUGCAUGAUGCAAAAGUGGUAUUGGCUUUGGGAAAUACAGUCUGGAUUGAUCCAAUGGUGCAUAUUACAAACCUUUCAAAUUUGAAAACUUCUGUCAUUGACUAUAAUGUUCGAGCUGAAAUUUUGUCAAUGGGAAUGGGUAUUGAUAAUUCAGAACAUACAGAACAACUGAAAAAAUUAUACGAAGGAGCUAAAAUGCCAGCGUUUGAAGAGAGCCUAAGCCACACUCCGACACCUCCUCCAGCAGAAGGUGCCGCCCGCCUGCAGGACACACAGCAAGAGAACGAGGGUGCGGAAAGAGAGGCGGACCCCGAGACCAACUCAGAAAACCAAAAGCCCGAAACUUCAUCUGAAAACACUGAAGAUGCUUCCAUUAGCAAAACCACACAGCCAGGUCUGAAAAGCUUCCACCCACAAAUAAAGUGGUUCCAAAAAGACGAUGCCGUCAUCUUAAAGAUAAGACUAAGGAAUGUAAAAGAUUACAAAUGUAAAUAUUUUAGAGACAGAGUCAUCUUCAGUGCCUGGGUGGGAGACAAAUUUUACUUGGCUGAUAUGGAGCUACAGGCCAACAUAAUAAAAGAUGACUGCAAAUGCGUAAUUAAAAAUGAUGAACCUGUGAUCACUCUGGCAAAAGAGAGAAGAGAAUCUUGGUGUCGCUUACUCAAACAGAGGAACCCUAAUGUGACUUUUGAUUUUGACCACUGGGAAGACUGUGAAGAGGACAGCCACUUCCCCAAGGUUGUAAGUUCUAAAAACCUGCCCCACAAAGUGACAGAGGCGGUUGAAAGCAGUCCCACCACGACGUCAGAGGAUGAGAAAAGCGAGAGUGACUGAGAAUGUGCGUUAAAUCCUGGGAGCGGCCGGAAGGCGCUGAACAGAAACGGACGUGGCCACGUGCCGGGAAGGGAGGACAAUCACAGGCAGACCUUUUCACCCGGUGCCGGGACUGGUAAUGGUGAGAAAUUCUCAGUGGGUUUAAAAAUGGGCUGGUAAGAAGACGACUGUGGAAGGAGAGAAAGCAGAGAGAGGAAGUGCUGGUCUAACCGCCGGCCCUGGAAGCUCCACUGGCAGCAAAGCACAGUGCUCGCUCGGGUAACGAAAUGUCCUCUCUGGAGUCGGUCCGUUUGGUUUGGUUUGGUGUUUUCAUUUAGACCUACGUUUGGUCCCUUGCUAAAGCCUGGUCAUAGGCGCGCGGGCUGAGGCUUCCAGCUCACAGACUCACACUCAGCCACUGUUUAACGAACCCUUUCAGCCACGCGUGAGCUGGGGGUUGACACACCCCUCUGUGUGUGCAGGACUUUCAGGAUUGUUAGGAUAUUGGUAGCUACUAAGAGUAAGUUCACUUCUGAUGAAGAGAGUCCAGGGAUAAAAAUGAGAUUGCCUCAGCGAUGCCAGCAAGACCCAGCGCUUUCUGGAGGUGAUGCGCUGGUUCUAAAUAGUAUCUUGGACAGACAGAGUCCUGAGCAAAUGAGACAAAGGUUUCUUUUUAGUGGAAACUUAACAGGACCUGUGCAGUACCUGGAGGUAACCCUCGAACACCUGGAGAUACGAUGUUCAUGACCAUAAGGCAUCCGUGACCCCAUGAAGGGGUAAGGCUGUAGCACCUGGGGUCACCUCAUUCCUUGGGAGGGGGGCGUGCAGGCAUGGCCACGUAGACAGGAGUGCCCGGAGGCCGGCUUGCUCUGCGCACUGCAGAAGUCACAAAGGUGAGCUGCUGGGAAGUUUAAAGCCCCACGCACUUCCUCAGGAUCAGGCUUUAAGCGUCGCUAGAAGUGGAGAAGGACACGGACAGAACAUGACUAUCGCGUGACUGCCCCGAGAUCUUUAUCUUUCUACAUCAAAAAGCAAGAUGCCCCAGUUUGUGUAUGGCCCAGAUAUGAGCCCCCAGUUGCAUCCAGCUGUCCCAUGAGCAGGUCUGGAGCACACCCUGCCUCAGUUUCCUCAUCUGUAAAAUAAGACAUUCUCAGGGAGUGCCACAGGGUAUGGCUGGGUCAGGCCUCUUUCCUGCGCAGCGGCUGGGUCAGGGGCCCAGACCCCACUGCCUCCCUGGGAGGAUGUGGCGUCCCCUCCGGACGCUGCCAGGAGCACGUCCUGCUGCUGUGGUUCUCACAGGUUGGCCGGCAGGUCUCAGAUCGGCCCAUGAAGCAAGACAGUGCUUUUCCUUUUUCUUAGCUAAACUGGGCAGGUUCUUCAGGAACUAGAAAGUUCUGUUGUCUUUGCUGGCAAAGGUUUUGACUCUGGAGUUCUUCUUCAUGUCCUCGUCAGUGUGGCUUUGUCUCAGGGCCGCUCUCGCUCUGUUGGAGGUCGGGGUCAGGGACUGGGACUCCUGAGACGGGUCCUGGGGCUUGCCGUGAGCGCCGGCUGCCUGCCCUUUGUGCUGGGGUGUUGAGUCUCUUUUGUGAAAAGCAGCCAGUAAUAGCAAGUCACAGAGCUGCAGGAAGGUGUGUUUCCCACGUGCAAACAGGGGUCCUCCCCUCGAAGACACAAGGCGAAUUCUCUUGUGUGGUUAGUUCACAAACAGCUAAAUGCAAGUGUUGAGGAGGAAGGGUAUGUUUAAAUCUCAAUUUCUUUUUUCAGACAUUCAAUUUUUCUAAUACUUGAAGCUCUGAAUAAUAUUUUGUAGGACAUAGGAUGCUGACUGUGUAAACAAUUAGUAUUUUUUUCUGUACUUCUAUUAAUAUGUGUGAUUUCAAGUUUUGGGUAAAUUUCUGAAAUGGAGGUAAAAGUACUUUCGUCUCUGCUUCCAAAAUUGCUCACACACUUACAUGGUUGUGGUGUGAACAUCUUUUGUGAAGGAGCAUCAAUAAAAUUUCAGUGUUUCCACAGAAAUGUUACUUUUUACUUUUUUUAAACAAUAUUUUCCAAAUGCCAAAUAAAAUUUUAUUUACCACACUUUCUGCUUUGACUGCAUGCCAGUGAGGGCUUCUGUGGAGCCAGGGAUGCUGACC